UAGUGUGAUAGAGGGCGCAGUGGUGGUGACGUGCUGGCAGCCGGCUCUCGAUUAAUCAACCCAACCUAAAAAUGGCGUCUGACGGUGAUGAGAUCAUAACUGAUCAAGAAAAAGUGCGAAUAGCGUCCGAUUUUAUUCUUCAUUCGCCUCCAGGGGAAUUUAACGAAGUGUUUAACGAUGUGCGGAAGCUCUUGAAUAACGACGAUCUGCUCAAGGAAGGUGCCAGUGGGGCGUUUGCCCAGUAUAACAAGGAUCAACUCACUCCGGUGAAAAUCGAAAAUGCCGAACAUUUGGUGCUAAUCACAGAAUACAACGACUUAGGAAAUAACAGGUUUUUCGAUCCAAGGAGUAAGCAGAGUUUCAAGUACGACCAUUUGAGGAAAGAGGCCUCCGACUAUCAGCCCUACACGCCAGACCCGCAAGCGGAGCCCUGGAGGGCUGCCCUAGAUAACGAGUUCAUGCACUACACCAAGAACCACUACAAGGACGGCGUUUGCACUGUAGUAGGUCGUAGCCAACCUGGCAGUAGCAUAACCUUGACUGCCUGUAUUGAAGACCACCAAUUCCAGCCAAAAAAUUUCUGGAACGGUAGAUGGCGAUCCCAAUGGUCUGUGACCCUUAACAAUCCAACUGCAGAAAUUCGAGGUAUCCUCAAGGUGCAAGUGCACUAUUACGAGGAAGGCAAUGUCCAACUUGUCAGUUCAAAGGAAAUCCGCGAAACGGUUCCGGUGUCAAACGAAGUGCAAACAGCCAAAGAAAUUGUGCAACUGAUUGAAGACGCCGAAAAUCUAUACCAAACUGCAAUUUCGGACAACUACCAGACAAUGUCUGACACCACGUUCAAGGCACUGAGACGUUUGUUGCCAGUAACACGCACAAAAAUUGAGUGGAACAAGAUUGUGUCAUAUAGUAUUGGAAAAGAACUGAAGACGCAGUGAUGACUGAGCUAAGUGAAAUGUUAUUGCAGUUAUUGCAGUGGUUUGUACAUACGGCUAAAUUUUGUUAAGUUUUAACCAUCGGGGAUAGCCAAAUUUAGUCCAAUUGCAUUUUACUUGGUAGACCAGUAUUAUUUAUUUACAUCCUAUUUUUUAAACUGCAGGUUUUUUAUUAGAGUUUAUCUAUCCCUGUUACGGAAUGUGCAAUAAUGCUCAGCACAGGAACUUCGGCUUCGUCAUGUAAUUAUUUUAUACUUAUAUCAAACUGUACAAUAAUACCCAUUUCCUAUCAACUUACUUUGUCAUUUUAUUUGUUACUUUUGUAUGUUGUAACCUAGAACUUAUACCAGUGUGAUGAAUAGAAUUGGUUAAGUCACUAUUGCUGCCCGCAAAUUGGAAAUAAUUUAUAUCUUGUUACAGUCGACAUUGUAUGGGUUAUUUUUAAAUAAAAAUUAUUGGAACUACUUUUCGAA